CGGCGGACGCCAGCCGCGGCAGCAGAGGCCCAAAUGGCGCGUGGAGCAGGCGUGAGCGACUUGGAGGGCAAUCGCUCCCGUUAUCGUGACGUUUAUGCCGCUCUGAAGACUCACGGGGUGACAAUCACGGCGCGCCGGUUUCGGAGGUUUAUUCUGGUUGUAAUUGCUCUGAGUUCAUGGCAGUGGAUUCUGCGACAAGGAUCAAUCAAGUUCAGCACAAGGACCCGGAACCCCACCGCGUCACUCUCCGCACGUCCCGGUGUCACCUCGAACUACUUCGGUGACGUCACCAGCGGUCAUGGUGACGUCAUUGGGCGACAGACGCGCCAGCGCUGCGACCGGAUCUUCUCACUGCUUCAUCGGCACUACGACUGGGCUGGCGGAGAGUCCGCCGACCCGGCCGACAGCUGCGCUGCGCCAUCGAUACCCGACUGGCAAGCUUCGCGCUGUCUCCACGAGGCGGCGGCCCGCAGAAGGCGUCCUAGUCGCAUAGUGUUCGUAGGUGAUUCUCGCAACCGUAUCCUGUACAACCACCUGAGGCAGCGGCUGCAGCUGGAGGACGUGCGAUGCCAGCCGCGGAAUGCCACCGACGCCCCCAGCGACACCCAGCGACCCUUGUGUACCGACCCUGGGAACGGUGCGCCCUACCCGGACAUUUGUCUGGAGAUAUUCUACCUGGCUGGGCAACGCAAUCACCUGGACAAGCUGCGCUGCAGCCAGCAGGCGCGUGGCCCGCUGCUGAGUGCUGAGUUCUGGUGGCGUAGCCACAUCAAAGAGGCGUUCGUGUCGCGGCUCGAGGCGCUGCGAGACGAGUGCGCGUCGCCGCAGGGGUGCGCCGACCUCGUGGUGCUGGACGCCGGGAUGUGGUACGCUGGGAGGAAGGUAUCGGGGAGCCACAACAGUGGCGCGCGCACACGCGCCACGCUGGAAUUCCAGAACCAGCUGCCCCGGCUGGAGCCGGCACUCUCGGCACUCUCGGCGCUCACCAGAGUCGUCUGGAAGCUGGAGGAGCCGGUGUCCGAGAUGUUUUCCAAGUCGCACGAACAAUCCACGUUUAACGUGCUGCACUCGCUGCUGCAUGAGCUGCAGGCCCGGAACGUGUGCCUGCAGCUGCGCAAGGUUCGUCAUAAAACCUUCAUACCGGUCCGGGGAGAGUGUUACGACGAGACGCACGUCGGAAAAACGCUGCUGGCGUACUACUCCAACCACGUGAUCAAUUUCCUGUGCCAAGACACGCCGGCGCUGCAGGCGACGAACAGCUGCUGCCGGCGAUGACGCCGGGACACACGCCCCCGCGCGCGCCGCGCGUGGUCCCUACCGUGAGAGCGGUGACCUCCAUGGUGAAAGGACUUUUUUGACGGGGCUACUGGACUAUUCUAUUAAGGACUAAUGGACAGAUUUGACGGGGCUGACUUCGACCUUCCCUCAGGCUUAACUGGUCAUUACCAGCACAGCAAAGUUUCGUCUUGUUGCAAAGUUGAGCCCUAUUGUGCUCUGUUGUGCCCGGCACCGAGACCGCAGCCGGUAAAUAUAUGUGCAUGUCCCGUAUUCCCUGCACUGCAAAGUGGGCAGCGUGGCGUUCUUCUGGGAUAACAGCA